AUGGAGUCAUUUUGUGCAAGAGCGGCUGUAGCAAGAGAAAUUCCAAUGGGUCUCGAGAAAAUAACGUCAUCAUUGGCGAAAUUAAAGAUGGAUGAAGACGCUUCAUUUGCAUCCGUCAAAGCAGAUCUUGAACAGACCAUUGUUAACAUCAACAGCAAGGUUCAGGCAAGAGGUGGGACAGCCUUCUUCGUUCUAUCGCUCAAAUGGAAUCUCAGUGUGAGAAAAGUCGUGAAUGCUUGGAAGGCUGAAAAAGAGUUUGUCCGCCUUCAAUCUGUGAAGAUUGCAGAGGAACGGAACAAAACUGACAAUUUGAACAAGAUAAAGGCCGAAGCGUUGGAAAAAGUACUUCAGACGAAGACCUCUCUGGAAACUUUACGUGCUUCUCAGAACGCUGCUGAAAAACAGUUGUCGACUCUGAAGAAUGAGUCUGUGAAUCUCAGAGAGAAGUUGUCUCAACUACGUGCCGAUCGUACUGCUUUGGAAGAGAAAAUUAUUUCUGAUGAGCUGACUUGGCAGAGAGAUCUUUCUAUCAAGAAGGUGCUUCACAAGUUCAUAUAUUGA